UUGAACAGCUAAGUCGGUGGCACUAUAUUGAUUAUUUAUUUAUGGAACCAUAGACAAUCCAAUCAGUAUUUCAACGCAACUCUGAGUGUUUAACGCUCCGGUAUAAUUUGUAAGGAUUUUUUCUCGAAUUGUGCAAAUAAAAGUCAUUCCUCUUACAAAUAAUUAUAAUAAAUUUGCAUAUUGGUUUCUAAGUACAAUUCUCGUUUAAUUUAAAUGUUCAUCCAAAAUCAUCUGGUGUCGUGUUUUAACCGUAUCAUACUCUAGAUUAACAUAUUAAAAAGCAAAGAAAAUGUUUAAAUUAGUGAUGAGAUGUUUUUUUUCUCCUCGGUUAUUCAAAAUCUAUGGGCAAGGACCAGAGGAAACUUUUUACGAACCAUAUGGGCCUGAGAAAAUUGCCAACAAGAUUUUAUCAACUGCACAAACAGUAUUCAAUUGUAGCAUUUAUACGUCACCAUUUAUUUGCAUGUAUAUUUAUAAAAGAGGCUUUUUCUCAUGGGAUGAGGCAAGGUUUCUUAGCUAUGUAUUUGGUGGCCUGGGAUGCUUCAUAGCUUUUACCUAUUUUAUGAGAGCCAUCGGAAGAGCAAGUAACCCAGGAUAUGUUGAUUUUUUGAACAACCUCAAUACCCCAAGUGAUGAUCAAAGAGCUUACUUAGAACGGAUCAGGAAAUAUGAUUUCGAAUUUUAUGCUUGGGUUCCUUCGUUUAAAAUGGAGCAAUUACCAAGUGUAACUUGGUUUGAAAACAUACCAUUUGUUAAAUGUGCUAAUCCGGAUUUACCAUACUAUCAGAAAGUGACUAUACAAAUACUAGCAUAUAUUGCUAUACAUACUUUUGCCCUUAGCCUCAUCUACCCAGGCACACUUACCAUUAUUGAGAACAUGUUGUGGCAAUUCCUUGCUGAAGGUCGGGCAUUUCUUGUUGAGACUUAUAAUGGAAAGAGAGCAAAAAUCAUUACAGCUGAUGGCAAUUCCAUUGAUACAAUGUUUGUUGAUAAUAGGCUUGAUUCUUCAAAAGGCAAUAUACUUGUCAUUUGCAGUGAAGGAAAUUCUGGUUUUUAUGAAAUUGGAAUUAUGACUACACCAAUUAAUGCAGGGUAUUCUGCAUUAGGAUGGAAUCAUCCAGGAUUUGGUGGCAGCACUGGUACACCAUAUCCUCGCCAAGAACAAAAUGCCAUUGAUGCAGUUAUACAGUAUGCCAUUAAUGAGCUAGAAUUUGAAGUUGAAGACAUAGUACUAUUUGGGUGGAGUAUUGGAGGCUAUACAACAACAUGGGCAGCCAUUAACUAUCCUGACGUCAAAGGAAUUAUUUUAGAUGCGUGUUUUGACGACCUGCUACCCUUGGCUCAAAAUCAAAUGCCCAAGUCUUGGAACUUGCUGGUAAAAGAAGUUGUACGAUCUUUUGUUAAUCUGAAUAUAGCUGAGAUGUUAUCCAAAUAUUCUGGACCAGUGCAGCUAGUGCGACGAACUGAAGAUGAAGUUAUUUGUAUCAAAGCAAACCAACUGGCAUCAAAUCGUGGGAAUUUUCUGCUAAUUUCGUUAUUACAACAACGACAUCCUGAGCUAUUUGAAGAAGAGUCAGAAAAACCUGUCAUGGAUGUUCUCCAAGCAUGCGUUGCUUUAUCAGACCAACAACGUAUUGUAAUGUCAUGUGGAGAACUGCCUGCGAUCAAGCGAAAAAUAUUGCCAAUGAUUUCAAGGUACAUGCGUGAUUUUCGAUCAACCCAUUGCACUGCAUUGCCAGAGGAUCAGUUUACAUCAAUAAUGGAAGCAAUUAUUAAUGGUUAAUAGAAUUAAAUAAUCUGUAUUCCUGCAGCUUUUUCUAGUACUAUUAUAACAGAAGUGAUAUGUUAAAUAUAAUUGGGAAAUAUUGUGCUAAAUUGAUUAUUUCUUACAGUAAUAUUGUAGUUAAUUGGUCAUCUAUUACAAAUAUUACAAUAAAACCGCUUACUCUGAACACUUAAUAAUAAACAUGACCAUAUUAUUAAAAGAUAAUUUAUCACUCACAUAUUCUAUUAGUAAAAGUAAUUACUGUUAGAAUUAGUAUUGGUGUGUAGUACUCCAUUUUUGUCAUUCAAUGUUUAAUAAAUGUGGUUAAUAAUAAUUACGCAGUAAAAACUUCCUAAAUGUGAAUUUUAAUGAAAAUAUAUAAUCAUCUAAAUGUAUUCUUGCUCGAUCAAAUAUGUAAUCGAUGACCUUACCUGACAUAAUUUCAUUUGUGCGGAGAAGUGAAGAAUAACAAUUAUUUGCUCAUUGGUAUUACUUACCUAUUUAUUAUGAAUUUAUCCUGAAAACCAUUAGGUUUCGUUGUUAUUUUGUCCAAGUUACUAAAGUAUAUAUCUACACCUAUUUAAUAAAUGUACUAUUUUAAUACUAUUUAUUGUAUUUUUGUCAUGGUAUAAGAAUAAAU